AUGAAACUACCAGCAAUUUUGCUUGUGACAAUAAUCAUACUUCUAUCACAAAUUUCAUCUACCAAGGAGAUUCGAAGGCAUGUAUAUGGACCUUUGAAAGAUGGAGAACAUUGCCAGAAAGACUACUUUGAAUAUGCUAAAGGCUGGUUGGGAGAAAGGUACUGCAAGAAAUGCAGGCAUGGAUACCAAAAUGAUAAUCCAGAAUAUAGCAAUACAUGCACGGAGAUCAAAACGAAACCGUCCAUACGAUCACCACCAAACAGAAAGAAAAUCACUGAAGAACAAAAACCUAAUAAAGAGGAAAAUCGUAAUGUUUCUAAUUUAACGGCAACACCAACUAUGUACGAGCCGACGAAGAGCAUUCUAUCCCCAUCAAAUAAACAAACAACGACCCCUAUUGGAGUUAAUCAUGGCAUCAAAACCCCCAAAUUUAGAGAAAAAAACAAAAUCAAGAAUAAUGAAACGUCUUCUACAAAGGAAAUUGACACAGUGUGCAAACUCCAAGCCUCUAAUGUUACUGCCUACAUUUGUAUUAUAGCGAUACUGUCGGUCGUAGAUGUGGCAGCGUUUGCCAUAAUAGCUUGGAUGUGCUGGAGAUCCAAUAAAUAAAAAGACAAGAUUCAACAAUAGCAGUGAUUUCCAAAAUCUACAUCACGACGCAUUGGUCAUCUCACGUUGUAUAAAUAUGAAACUCUCAUCCUAUGGACAUAACUUUAAUUUUCAACAACGAAACCUAACUUAAUAUUUGAAAUGGAAAUAUAAGGUUAGAACGAUAGAAUUUAUUAUUUGUAUAUAGUAUUAGAAAAUUAUAAAAGUUGAAAAAUAGUAAAAUUGAUGGUUCAGAGCUGAAGCCACAGAUAUUUUUGGUACCUCUGGCUCUAUCUAUUAUGGUAAGCUUGACUGCAGCUCCAACAAAAUGUCAUGACCCGAUGGCUUCUCAACAAGUCCCUUUUAAAGAUGUAAUUUUACUUUCUCUAUCAUUAUAUUGCUAUUAUUGUUAAAGACUAACCAGUAUCUAUUGAACACCAUACAAUAAAUCAUAGCUAUGUGGUUUAUCUUCUUCAUUAAUAAAAUCAAAGCACAAAUAUACGGACAAUCUUCACUGAAGAACAAAUUCUCCUAAAAGAGCAAAACCAUGACUAAUUUGAUAGAAAAAGCAACAAAGCCUCAAAGAAGCCCCCAACACACCCAGGGU